CCGCAAAAGUUUGUACGAGCACCCCCGCGGAGAAAUAGUCCGUAUGGAUUGCCGCAAGGCUUCAAGCCUUGUAAAUGCUGACCCUAUUGCGUUCGCGGGAUUACCCAGCCGACACUGGCAUCGGUGGCAGGUUUGAUACAACGGGCCCACAGGUCGGCGAUCCAUCCGAGCAAAUGCACGUAUUGUUGAUAACACGACCUCCGAUGAUAAGUGGAAAAGUGUGCACCACAUGCCUUUGGUCUCCGUUCUUGCGCAAAGAGGCUGCCGCGGAGAUAGAUUGUGUAGGUUCUCGUCCGUACCACGAUCCGAGUUGUUUUCUUUGAAAGCAAUAUAUAAAAUACUCCAUAGCAGCCUCAAGUCACGACACCCCCAGAUUGAGAUACGCGUUGGAAGCAAGCCAUAUCAGUCCGACACAAUGGAACACAUCGACGGUGCCCUUAUCUCUCGCGACCUCCCCACUCGCAUGCGGUACAUGCAAUCCUUCCUGCAAUGGGACCCUGCCAAAGACGGGCCACUUAUUGAAGCUUGCAAGCCUGUCCUGGCACCCUUGGUCAACGACGUUGUAGAUGCAGUCUACGAUCACUUGCUCAAAUACGACAUCACAGCUGCGACAUUUGCGCCGGCACAAUCGACUGAUGGAUUGUCCGUCAACGUACAAGAGCUGCACCGCGAACACGCAAACAUCAAAUUCCGCAAGGACUUUCUCAAGGGAUAUCUUGUCAGACUUGUCUCGAAUCACGAUUGGACGCCCGAAAGCAAGUUCUGGGACUAUAUCGACAAAGUGGGCAAGGCGCACACAGGCACGCUGGAUUCUGGCUUGAAGCACCGCAAGGGCAAGCCACCGUUGUUCGUGGAGUAUCGGGAUGUGAAUUUGCUGCUCGGCUGGGUCGAGAACGCGGUCACUGAUAUCGUUAUGGGUGUCGAGGCGCUGGAUAUCAAGACCAAGGUUGACGUGCUCAAGGCCUUGAACAAGUACUGGUGGCUUCAGAAUGACCUGUUUGCGCGGCAUUACGUCAAUGAGCUGUCGGCAGAGGCACCAGAAGUCGAGAUAGGGCAGGAAGUGAGAAGUAUGGGAUCACCGUCAGCUAAUAAGCUGUUCAGCCAUGAGACCCCAGCGACUGCGAUUUAUUAUUCCGUGGCCGCGGCGGUGCUGCUGGCUGUUGGUUGGAAAUUGAUAUGAGCGAGAGCAUUUGGGCCAUACUAGACGAUGAUACAUCUGAAAGAAUAAAGAGACCAGGGCACGACGGUACGUCUGCAAGGAGUAUGUCUGAAUAAACCUAGAGAGUUGAGGGAAGAUGGCGUCGGAAUACGACAAUGACUUGAUCGAUUGAGGGAGUACUGCUGGCGAAUAUGUGGGAGAAUCUAGAUCUUACCUUUGUAUGAAUAUGACACUGAUGAUAUUAGCAACGAAGCUGUAUAGCAAGACGGCGAGAAUAAAUAAUAAUGGGGAGUAUGGUGAGGAAGAAUGGCUUUCUGAGCAAUCUUCAGGAAUACAACGAUAUCUGUAGAGAG